AUGGCUCCAGGCACGGCAAACAUCUCUGCUCGCGUGUCGAUGAGAUGGCCCCCAGAGCCUGCGUUCGAAUCGACGGACACGGUCUCGCUCUCCGUGGGCGGGUGGUAUGUCGACCUACGGAUCGAGCUUGAAUCCGGGAAGAUAGCUUGGGCGAUGGCAGGGCAAAGGAUAGUUGAAAGCGCAUCACCGCACACAGCCGUCGUCGUCUUCACCCAUGCCAUCGACUCGCUCCAGCUCUUCGACACGGCCGACAUAGGCACGUUCAAGGUGCUGCCCAACGGAGACGACUUCGAGAGUGGAAAGAUGGCUCACCAGGAUCUACCUGGAGCUCCGGUCCGCGAAUAUGAAGAGAUAUGGAGGAAGAUCGAGCUUCCCGAGACCACACCAGAAGGACAGGGUUAUUCGUGGAUUCUAGAGUCUGAGGAGAUGCUUCCUCCCCUAUCGACCCUGGGACAGGACGAAAGGGAAGUCAGGGUGGCGAAGACGUUUCUGGCUCGCGUGCCAGGCCAUUAUAUCGCUUUGGGACAGGCCCAGUGGUAUAAGAGGGAGCAGCUCGACGGGGCAUGGACGGUGACAAAGGUUGGGGGAGAGGUCUCUGGGCGGAGGGAGACGUGGGAUGCCAGCACCGGACAGGACGCCGUCGUCAAGUACGCGGUCGGAGACGAGGCAGAGAGUCUUCCAUCACUCGUAGCAGCAGCUGGCGAGGCUCUGGCAUUCAGCGGAGAGGGAGGAGAGCUCUGGCGUACGCCCGGUCGAACUGUCAUCGUCGGUGGCACCGGAUUCGUCGUUCGUGCGUUUGAACCACGAUGA